GACAGCGAUAAUAUCCACAUGUUGGUGACUGAGAGGGGCCAGAAGGGAGAGGCGAGACGUGCCGGGCAGAGCGCAGACACUGGGACGUCGGGCCCAGCUUGCAUGGGCGUCAGAGCCGUACCCAGCCACAGGACCGCUCGUGCCGGCCAGCAGCCUCGCACCCCCGCCGGAGCACAGCUUCCGGCGCUCACCUGCGCUGCAGAACCCCGGAAAGCAGGAUGUACUGGAGUCUCGUGUUAUCGGUGCUGCUCCUCGGAGUCCUGGGAUCUGCCGUGGAGUCCAGAAAGAACAGACCACAGGGCUCCAUCCCCUCACCCUACAAAGGCGGCAGCAACACGUCAGUCCAGCGUGGGCGCAAGCAGGAGGUGCUGGCGUCCAGCCAGGAGGCCCUGGUGGUGACAGAACGGAAGUACCUGAGGAGGGACUGGUGCAAGACCCAGCCGCUUCGGCAGACCGUGGCCGAGGAGGGCUGCCGGAGCCGCACGGUCAUCAACCGCUUCUGCUACGGCCAGUGCAACUCCUUCUACAUCCCGCGGCACAUCAGGAAGGAGCAAGAAGCUUUCCAGUCCUGCGCCUUCUGCCGACCGCACAAGUUCACCACGCUGACGGUGGAGCUGGACUGCCCUGACCUGCAGCCCUCGUUCCGGCACCGGAAAAUCCAGCGGGUCAAACAGUGCCGGUGCAUCUCAGUCCACGUGGCAGAGUCUGGCAAGCAGUGAUGCCCGGAAACCCGGAUGAAGGGGCUGCGCAGACUGUUUUACUUAUUUCUUCGUAAAGGAGAGAUUUUACCAGGGGUAGUAAUGCAAAGGGGACACACCUCUUAAAAAAGACACAAAGCAAAUUGAAGUUUAAGGUGCCUUGGUGCACCAGUACCUUAGAAUGAGUAGCUAGUCCACAAAUACCAAGAUUCCUUUGAUUUUGGGUGAGGGGGGAGCGUGGGGGGAGACAAACCUAACUAUAUAGAUAUAUAAAAAUAUAUAUAUUUAUCACAUUUCAUGGUUUGUAAAUACCUCAAGUCACAUGGGGCAUAGGUAUGCAAAACCUAAACUGGCCGACUGAAGUAUCAAGCGGAUAAAUGCAAACUGACGACUGUCGUUGAGAGCUGCAGACGGCAGCCCUAUGUGGAUGGAGCAGCUGAGAAUCUGGCUUCAGUACAGAUGGGAAGGUCUUUAAAAGCUUUCUGGGGGGGGGGGGGGGCAGCUUCAGAUGGGGAGGGAGUGCCAGAGACGCCAUGGAGACAGAGUGCCAAACUCAUAGCGAACGUCAAGUGAGCCCAGCGGUGAUAAGAGCAGGUGUCUUGGUCCUGGCUGAAGGGACUCCUCAAAUGACCUGGAACAAUGCGGACAUCGUGUGGUGGCAGCUGGGGUGUGGGGCGGGUGGGGGAGGGGGCGGUAGUAAGCGGAAUCCAUGGGAACAGGAAUCACAUUGCUUAUAUCAAGAAUGGGUAAAGGAGACGCAUACGAGGAAAAGGUGAACACCUAAUAAAGUGUAUAUAUCUAGAGAAAAUGAAUUCUAUUAAAUCUAUUUCAUAUA